AAUAACCCCACCUACUUCAAUUAAUGAAUCAGUAAAUCCAUUAAGUUCAUCACCUGAUAUUAUAAAACAAAUGAAAGGAACAUUAAAACUUCGAUCCAAUUCUCAAGGAUCAACAACACAUCGUCGACGUGAAUCGAAUUCAAAUAAUUCAAGUCCAUCGAAAAAUCAAAAAAGGGGUUCGCGUGAUGACACACAAAAGAAAG